UAAUGGGGUUAUGCAAUAACCAAGGUUAACAACGAGGAAACCGGUCAGUGACGUCAGGUAACCACGUGACCGAAGGGGAGGGGCGAGUGGAGGCAAGGUGCGGAGCAGAGCCCGCAGAGGGCAUUAACAACCCGUCGGCGAACGAGCGACAACGUCGACAACAGCAGCUUGUGGUAAAGUGCUAUUAGUAAAUUUCUUUCUUUCUUCUUUGGUUUACUCCCUUCAUUUGCCUGUCUUUUCCACCAACAAAGUUGGUGUGAAGGGUUAGCUCUCGGCGUGGGGAGGGGGUGCGUGCUCAGCUUAAGAUACCGUAGGGAUCUCAACCUGGCUCCAAGUAACAGCACUCGUUCCAAGCCACCCCUCCCGCGAGCGACGAGCUAACACCUAACCAUCCAAUCGGGUAAGUAAGAUGGACGAAGGUGUUAAAUACAAUUAGUGGAUAAGCUGGAAAUAAUUUACUCAAAUAUUCCCAAUCUUCCUUGUCCGAUAGUUUCCGAUUGUGGACCGGGAAGCCACGGUUGUGAACAGCAACCAAGGUUCAUAAACAACCAAACUUCUAGCAUUUUUAUCUUUUUACAUCUUUUCAUUUUCCCGUUAUUUAUUGCAAAAUUUUGCGAGGAUGUACAAGAAGCAGGCAUCGAUGGCCUUAAAAGGCACACCUUCAAUGCUUCCUAAUAAUAUGGCUACAAACAAAACGAAGCAUUUAUCGUAUGCAGUUGUACACAAGUCUGUUGUUUGUGUCAACACGAUAGUCGCAGCUGGUUCAUCGCCUGUGCAAAAGCAGAUUGCAUGCAAAGGAGAUGGCUCAGCAGGGAAUGUUACUGUUAUGCAGGCCAAGUGGUGUCAUGUAUCAGGCAGAGACAUCCUGGUAAUUGCUUCUGCGAAAGGAGUGCAGAUGUAUGAACAAGAUGGUUCAAUUAUGAUAUUCUGGCAUUCCGUCUCCCAGCAACAGCUGGAAAAUAAAUCAUUCUCAUAUUUUGCAAGAGGAAUUUGUUCUACCUUAAAUAAAUACCUGUGCAUUGGAACAUGCACUGGGUCAAUUCUGGUGUUUGACAUUCCAUCGCAAGGCACAACGAUAACUCUACACAAAACCUUAGACCAUCAUAAUGUUGGCAUCACAGACCUAGCAAGUGUAAAGGAUAAAUUAGUUUCCGCUGACGAGGAUGGUAAUAUUGUGGUGUGGCAAUGUGAUCAGACAAUGAAGAAAAUUACAGAAAUACGAGGCUCAGGAACACCAUGUACAAGUCUUGCUCUGUGGAAUGGCUUCAUCCUAGCAGCCUAUAGUUCGGGGCAUAUUCGUAUAUACGACUUGGCUCUUGGGAUACUGAAAAUUGAGAUAUGCGCUCAUUCGAGAUGCAUCAAUUCAUUAGAUAUCGCGUCUGAAUCUUGUCUGCUGUUAUCAGUCAGCGAAGACUCCUUCGUCAGAGUUUGGGCGUUACCAAAAGACUCAUCUAACAAGGUGGAGUUAGUUUUCCAAGCUCCUGUGUCGGACAGCCAGCUGUGUGGUGGACGUUUUCUAGACGACGCUGGUCAAUCCUUUGGUGUCAGCGGUUAUGAUUUAGCAGAAAUAGUUGUCUUUGGCAAAAAAUAGCUUAUAAACAUUGAAUUAAACCUUUCAGCAUUGAUCUUUCUUAUUUCGUCACAAGAAUAGAUUAUUUAUCCUAUCAAUAAAUUCUGUAAUUACAAUUACAAUCUAUACUGUAAUUACAAUGCAUAGAAGAAUACUCUGGAUUGUGUAAACUAUUUUAAUCAUGCGAGCAUAAAAUGUUUAGUCGUGGUGACUUCUAUAAUAUGGUAUUUUAAAUUUAGGGAAAAUUAAAUUAUACACUAGAGAAAAAAUAAAUUAUUGUGUAUACCUGAGUUAAGAAGACGUUUUAAA